GAUUGGAAGGGGGAAUCUUUACGACGACGUCGUUCAUUGGGUUGCCUUCUUGAACCUCGAGUGCGUAACUCGAACGUCGAGAGUCCAUCCCGUUUCUGUUUUGUACUCUCACAGUUGAACAAUCUGGAGGGGGAGCAGGAAGAUUCUUGUACGGACAUGGCAUCCUCAGCUGCUAUAGAAGGCGCCACCCCCGCAUCCGCGGCGCUCAAUUCUGUGCUUCAGCGCGUUCAGCUAGCCGCCGAACGCUCCGGUCGUGUACCUCAGCAGAUUCGAGUCGUAGCUGUUAGCAAAACCAAGCCGGUUCCCGUCAUUCGUCAAGUCUACGAUGCUGGCCAUCGGUACUUUGGCGAGAAUUACGUUCAGGAACUCGUUGAGAAAGCUCCUCAGCUUCCGGAGGACAUUGAAUGGCAUUUCAUCGGAAAUUUGCAAAGCAACAAAGUGAAACCACUCCUGUCUGGCGUUCCAAACCUUGCAGUUGUAGAGACUGUGGAUGAUGAAAAGAUUGCUAACCGUUUGGAUCGAAUGGUUGAAAGUAUUGGGAGGAAGCCUCUUAAGGUGUUUAUACAAGUGAAUACAAGUGGAGAAGAAUCAAAAUCAGGCGUUGAGCCCUCGGGGUGUGUGGAGCUCGCCAAACAUGUUAGUUUGAACUGCCCAAAUCUUCAGUUUUCCGGGCUAAUGACGAUUGGAAUGUUGGAUUACACGUCCACACCAGAAAACUUCAAGUUAUUGGCUAACUGUAGAACGGAAGUUUGCAAAGCACUCGAAAUAUCAGAAGAACAAUGUGAGCUAUCAAUGGGAAUGUCAGCAGACUUCGAACUAGCUGUUGAAAUGGGAAGCACAAAUGUGAGGGUUGGAUCAACAAUAUUUGGAGCGAGGGAAUAUCUCAAGAAAAACUGAAUUUUGGAAUACUAGAGAUCUAUGAGCUUCUCGUGACAGCCAAGUUAAUCUAUCCAUCGAAAUAACAUCAGCAACCCAGGAGAGUAUAGAUAAAGCAAAUUAUAAGCUGCCCAUUCAAAGCACAACCCAGCUAGGCUAAACUUGUAUAGAAGAUCAUAUUAGUCAAUGAGUUCGUCCUUCAUGGAGCUCCACACACACACAAACAGGUAAGGAGCGAAUGAUCCAUUAUUCUCCAGUUUGAAGGUAAAGCAUAAACGGAUGGCGGAUGCUAUGGAAAAACAAUACCAAAAAAAAAAAAAAAAAAAAACCGUUUAUAU